CAGUGAAUUUGCAUUAUGUGGGAUGCGUUUGUAUUGUUCCUUGCCCCAGCUACAAUAAAUGCGAGGCCUUGUUUUGGGAGCAGUUUUCUUUGCUACUUGAAAAUAACCUUAGAUUUUGAGGGGUUCAAAAACAAGGUGAACAAGAACUUAAAUGGAAAAAGUGGAGAAUGAUAUACAAGAGUAAUGUUAGUAUUUAAAUGGAAAAAGUGUUUUUGUGUAGGAGGUAUGCAUUAAGGAAGCGUGGCUUGUGUACAAUGCUGGUAUAAAUAUCAUCUCACAUAUUAAUCAGUAGCUUUAUUUCAUCUUAUUUUCAUGUUCUCUGCUGGUUCUUUCUAUAACUCAUAUUUAACUGGUAGGGAGGACCUCUAUUGAUGUGAAAUGGGAUGAAGGUAAAUCUUGAUUAUCAAGGCUAUGUGAAUACGGUUGUUGGUACUCACAUCAACCAGGGUGCAAAUAAUGUUGUUUGCAUGAGCGGCUGUAUCGAAAUGCAGAUGGGCAGUAAGAUCUGUAGUGUAGUGUCUCGAGGAGCAUCCAGUUCAUAUUGUUAUCGGCUGCAGCCAGGGAAAUCGGGAAAUAAAUUUGGCACUUUGUCCCUCACCAAGAGUCGUCCAUCAGAAACUGGCCAAACACCGCAUGGAAGCUGUUUCAGGUCUUGCUUCUCCAUGGAUAGGGGCAACUCACGGUCGUUGACAGUUAAUGCUAAAAGAACUCAGAAAUGUCUAGAAAUUUCAUUGGCAUGUCGGGGCAUGAAAACUAGAAUUUUGGUCCCAAGACAAGGAAUGCUUCCCAAAAUCAAGUGUAAUGUGGGCCCAAUGUCAUGGACACAAUGUGGUUAUGCUGGUUUAAUGUUUGGGUUGCUGAUUUGUAAUUCUUCUGAGCCAGCACACGCUGAAACAACUCAUAAGAAUGAUGAUAAGGAAGAUGACGGUGAUUUGUCAUAUUCACAUGGAAAAAAAGUUCAUACUGACUAUUCCAUUAUUGGUAUACCUGGAGAUGGAAGGUGCUUGUUCCGCUCUGUUGCUCAUGGCGCUUGUUUAAGAGCUGGAAAAUCAGCUCCUAGUCAAAGCCUUCAGAGAGAAUUAGCAGAUGACUUGAGAGCUAGAGUUGCUGAUGAGUUUAUCAAAAGGAGAGAAGAGACAGAAUGGUUUGUUGAAGGUGAUUUUGACACAUAUGUCUCCCAAAUAAGAAAGCCACAUGUAUGGGGAGGGGAGCCCGAAUUGUUAAUGGCUUCACAUGUUCUUCAAAUGCCGAUCACAGUAUACAUGCAUGAUGAAAAGGCUGGCGGCUUAAUAACUAUUGCCGAGUACGGGCAAGAAUAUGGGAAGGAAAAUCCAAUCAGAGUUCUCUAUCAUGGUUUUGGCCAUUAUGAUGCAUUGCAUAUUCCAGGAGUGAGGAGUGGUAAAUCUAGGCUUUGACGUAAGAAUUUAACAAAGUUGGAAGAAUACCCAUUCGGAAGAAUAAAAUCCAAUAUUCAACAUAGUAGACAUGCAAACUUUUUACUUUUUUUUUUUUUUUUU